AUGGCUAAUACUAAGACGAUUCAUGUUCCGCAUCUCGGUGGAAUCGAUGCAGCAUAUCAAAUGCCCAAAGCAUAUGAUCCUGCGAAACCAACCCUCAUCUUGAUAAAUGCAUUUACCACAACCUCGGAGCUUUACCGAAAACAAUUCGAUGACCACAAUUUAGCAUCCAACAUUAAUUUGAUCGCUAUUGAGUUGCUCGGUCAUGGCCAGACGCGAACUGGAUCCGAACAGUGGAACUACUGGGACACGGCAGAAAUGAAUCUCCAGGUGAUGGAAGCCUUAGGAAUUGAGCGUGCCUUCGCAUUGGGAACUAGCCAGGGUGGUUGGGUUACUGUGCAAAUGGCACUUUUACGGCCAGACAAGAUUAUCGGAAUCAUUCCCUUGGGAGCUUCCAUGGAUUCCGAGUCGGAGCGAUCUCGUAAACUUCAAUGUUGGGAUGGUCCGACGAUUGUAUCUGGAUUUGCGAAGCAGUGGACUACUUCUACUCCUACACCUGAAUUCGAAACAGACAAUGUGUAUUGUGAUGCAUUGAUCAACGUCGGGUUCAAUGAAUGCGAUGCUGAUGUUCGUCAAUACUGGGUCGACUCUAUCAAGUCAAGCUAUCGCGGUAAUGAUGGUCGACGCCGUAUUCGAAUGGCUGCGAUCAACCUUGCGGAACGGGGAGGAUUGCACCUCCGGCUGUCAGAUAUCAAUUGUCCAGUUUUGUGGCUCCAUGGAACCAAAGAUGCUGUAUACUCUUUGGCAAAUGCGACGGAGGAGAUCGAACUCUUUUCGCAGUCCUCGGAUGCUAGUUUAGUUGCGAUUGAGGGAGGCGCCCAUUUUUUGAACUGCACGCAUCCCGUGGAAGUGAAUAAGGCAGUUGGCGAGUUCGUUAGUCGUCUCAGUAUGUAA